UAGCUCCUUGUAAACCUACCAUUUAAAUUGAUCAUAGUAGAUGUCCUUGACGAUCUUUCCGAAUGUUUCCAUCGUUCGUCUUUUGUCACGCUAGAAUUCACAGUGUUCGAUCUGAACCCCUCGAAAACAACUUUUCGUUCAGAAGUUCCGCCAGUUUCCGUCUUUACCACCUCGCCGAUGUAUCUCUUCGUCACCUCUCUUCUCGCUUCCUUCUUUCACUAAGACUGGACGUAUAUUCGCGUCUCAUUCCUAUCUCAGCGAGUGUAGAUGGGGAGCUGCAGGUGCUGAUGAAACUCGACGAGCUCGCCAUUCGCACCGGCGCGCUGAUCAAUAAACAGCGCCCUUUAAAAGCACAGCUGCAUUUGCAGGAGCAAUACGUUUGCCCCAAUUCGCCCAACGGUGUACCGAUCUUGUCCGAUGAUUACGAAAUAAUAAAUUGACAGGAUAAUUGAGGUCGCUUGGCUAGGAUGGGUGCGGGAAAGAGUCAAUUUUCGGAAGAAGAGCUGCAGGACUAUCAAGAUUUAACAUACUUUACUAAGAAGGAAGUUCUAUACGCGCAUCAGAAAUUUAAGGCACUCGCCCCAGAGAAAGUUGGACACAAUAAAAAUGCAAAACUGCCAAUGUCCAAGAUUUUGCAGUAUCCCGAGCUGAGAGUGAAUCCCUUUGGCGACAGGAUCUGUAAGGUUUUUAGCUCCAGUCAGGACGGUGACUGCACCUUCGAAGAUUUCUUAGAUAUGAUGUCUGUAUUCAGCGACGCUGCUCCAAAGGCCGUGAAGGCCGAACAUGCGUUUAGAAUAUUCGAUUUCGACGGUGACGACAUGCUCGGUGUAGGAGACUUGCGGCAGGUGGUCGACAGGCUCACAGCACCCCAGAGAUUGAACGACAGUGACAUGCAACAGCUUCUUCAAUAUAUUCUUGACGAAGCCGAUCUAGAUGAUGACGGUGCACUCAGCUUUGCUGAAUUUGAGCACAUUAUAGAAAAGAGCAGCGAUUUUUCUAAGAGCUUUCGCAUUCGUUUAUAAAAGUAUUAUCAAUGAUGAAUUCGCCAAUGAAAGACUGAACUUUAACGUCGAUAUUUAAUUAUAAUCGCAGACGGGCCUAUUAGAAAGGAAAACAAAUUAACGUUUACAAAAUGUAUCAAGGUUCUAUAAUUUGGCCUAAGUCAGGUAAUCUUUUUUUUUAUUUUUUUAUCUUAUUUAUUUAAGAUUAUAAUAGAAGAAACGGAUAUAAUCACGAAUAAAGAUCUCUUAAUUAAAAAAAUAUAUAUGCCAAAUAUACAAUAUUAUAAAUACGUAUAUAUGACGCUUUAAUGUAAUGAAGAGAAGUCAAGUCUCUUCUUUUGACCAGUAAGCAUUUUUAAAAGAUAUAUCUUUCGUGUAAUAAAGUUGAAUAAAAGUAUGAGAGAGUUUAAAAAGUAAAGUCAAUGCAUAUGUCUAUCAACUUGUGUCUAUUGCUCCAGUUGGAAGACAGAAAAUUUUCAUUUUCAGUAUGAACUUUUGGAGCUGUAUUUAAUGAGCUUUUAAAAAAUAUACAUUAUAUCUAUAUUGAAAUAUAUUAUUUAAAAACUUAGUUGUAAUAUAUUGUCUACAAUAUAUUUAAAAAUUUAUAAUGUCUCUUAUCCUGUAUUGUAUAUAAUAUAAUGAUACUAAA